CCUCAGGAGGAACUACAAGAAAUAAAGGAAAGACUAGACAAAUUAGAAACCCCAAUAGCCUCAUUGCGUCCUUUGAUAAACGAAUAUACAUUCGUUAACAGCGAGGAUCUAGAUCCUCAAAUGAAUGUUAAGGAAAUUCCGUUCUCGGCCACUGAACUAGCAAAACUGAAAAAAGAUUUUAGCCGCUCUCCAAAGGAAUCAGAAACAGAGUAUGUAUGGAGGGUUAGUCUCACUGGUGGCGACCAGAUUCAGUUGACGGAAAAGGAAGCAGAAGGUUAUUGGGGACCAGGGGUAUUUCUAACUACUGGCAACAAUCGUGCUCCCUGGUCCUUAACACAGAAGGCUGCCUAUUGGGCAGGUGAUCUCAACCCUUUAGAUAGGGGAGACCCUCUUGCCAUUACUGGAACAGUUGAUCAGUUAGUAGAGAGUGUUCAAAAGGCUGCUUGUCUCCAAAUGAUGUAUGAUAGAAAGCUGCAGCCACACCAUGAAUCACCCAUGAUGAUGCCUCUUGAUCCUGAGAGAAUGACCCCUUUAAUUAGGGGACUUCCAGGAUCAUUGAAACCCAUAGGCAUACAAAUGCAAGGAAAGAUGCAGGCUAUGUCUCAGGGAGAAAGAACGGGUUGUAUUGAAGGAACUGUAACCCCUAACCAUCUGCAGUCAGGAUGCAAAGUAUGGACAUGGGGGGAGGUUGCCCAAGAGUUAAUUAACUAUUGGAGAAAAUAUGGGCUGGUGGAUUCUUUUUCCAGUAAAUUUGAGCCAAGGGAAGUAAGACUUGAGACAGUCAGCCUUGCCCCCAGGCCACCUAGCCCAAAGCUCAGUGGGACUGGAAGGGUCUCAUUGUCAGUAAAAACAGAUAGGCGAAAUAUUGAUCAUAAACGUAAUUGUCUCUGGACACUGGGCUGGCAAAAGGGUGUUCCACGAGAUUUGAUGAAUGGAUUACCCAUAGUCAGGUUAGAGAAAUUAGUUAACUGGUGGCCAGAACAAAAGCUCAAGAAUCUUGAGGAAAGCAAAACCCCUGGUCCUAGGGCCUCUUCCAAGGAACCUGAACAGCUAUGCAAGCCAUUGGAAAACUGA